GCAUUUCCCGAGAUUGGAAUCAGUCUUGUUCUACGAGCACGAAUGCCUCAGUCAACAAGUGGGUGGUCAGAGGUCAGUGGGUGGACACAUAUUCAGUCAUCGGACACAGGGCACUUCCUGUUUGGGGCACCUUUGGUAAACAAGGAAUCAAGAUUUGAGCUGCCAAAGUCGGGAAUCUACUUUGCCUCAUUGAGUGUGCAUUUAUCUCAAGCGGACAUAGGAGUGUUCCACGCAGCUUUCAUCCUAAAUGGACAGAUAGACAAACGAAACAAAGCAAUGACUUCUGUCAAACAAGGUCAUCCAGGAGCAGACUUCAGUUUAACUGUCAGUGGAUUCAUGGACCUGAGAUCAGGAGAUCAAAUCUCAGUUUUCAUUCUUUCAGAAGAGGACAAAGAUUGGUUCAUUGAAAAUGACAGCCAGUUUUCCUUACGUUAUUCUGGUUCUGUUGGAUCGUUCCCGGCAUUUUCCGCCAUAAAAGACGGUGUAACCCCGUUUAGUCCAUCUUCCUUUUCACAAAUUAUUCGCAACUGGGAGACAAGUGGUUCCCAAGGAUUGUUUGCAAGCCUCACUGGAUUUUCGACAUCCACUGGAGAAUUUGUGCCAAUUUGCGACGGUAUAUAUUUUGUAGCCUCGAAUGUCCGGGUGCAAGCUGGACCGGGCUUGUACAAACUGUAUUUGUCGGUCAGCGGCAACGUUCUUGAUCCGUUUCUUGUAGAAAGUGUUAUUGGUGCUGAUGCAGUUUUCACCAUGAACUUACAAGGGGCGUUUUACUUCAAAAAAGGAGACAAAAUUUCACUUAAUAUCAACUCUUCUAAUCAAAGUACAGAGCUCUCGAUUCAUCCGAACAGCGGUUUUUCACUAAGUUACAUUGACGCCUUCAAUCAGAGCUCACUUCAGGGCGUGUCGACUGUUACUCAAAUUGCUAAUGAAAUUCCAGGUACUGGUUGGAUGGAAAUAUCUACCUGGGCCAUUCCUCUGAAUGCACAUGUUCAGUUUUACAACCCAAAAGUGUUUCAAAGAGGGAGAUUCAGCUGUACCCAGGGAGGAGUAUAUUACGUAUCUGUAAGUAUUCGUCUCUUGGUUCUAUUCUUUCUUUAUUAUUCAAUUUUCUAAUCAUCACUUAUGGCGUAACCUGAGUUAUACUUGUAAAAAAAAUUCAAUUGGGUACCAAAUGGUUAUAUACCCCCCUUCUCUGAAGAGAACUAACGUACCAGCAAACUGUAACUCUUCCACAGCUAAAUUCAGCAGGAUGGGACUUCGUAAACUGAUUUCGUCAUUUCGUCGUAUGUAUUUAAUUCAAAUCAAAUCAGUUUGAAACACACGUUAUAUGGUUCGUAAUACGAACAACAUCAAUAGUAGGAGUGUAAAAUAAACAUGGGAGCUGAUUCGCCUCAUAGUUUUGUAAGUUUUUAGCGGGAAUAUCGAUUGUCUGAUAGGCAUAUGAAUAGUUUAGAAUUUUUAUUGAAACAACAAAGGUAAAAGCUGAAUCGUUUUAAAACAUGGCAUAAACUACAAUAAAAAAAGUGUUAUAUUUCUAUCUCAGGUGUCUCUGCUUGUUCACGGAGGUAGAGGAAACUUUGAAUUGCUGGUCAAAUCAAGUGGCACUUCCAAACUGGACGGACAUGCCGGCCUGUACACAACUAGUUACAAAUCUGAAACAUCCACAUACAUUUCGUUGUCCCUUUCAGGUCUGUUAGAACUCAGCAAAGGUCAACAUGUUUUGGUUUUCGUUCAUUCAAGUUUUCCUGAGAGCUGGUUCAUUGAACAAGGGAGUGGAGUGUCUGUCAUGAAAACCCGCCAUUAUUGGCCGGCGGCAAAUAGCUUUCUUCAUAGAAGAUAUGUGACUGAGGGAGGUGCCUGGAAUAAGAUAAGAGACUGGAAACAAACUGGCGAAGGAGCUUUCUCCUUUAGUUCAAAUUUUCGAAAAAAAAGCUCUUGGUUCCUGACCACAUCUCCUGGGGUUUAUUUUGUUUCCACAAAUCUGAUCAUGCGCACUGCAGGUUGUCAGGUUUCGGCUGCAAUCGCUAUUGAUGAACAACCUGGUGAAGAUAACGGAUUGUAUGCAACUCACGCCUAUCCACCAACCCAGCUGACACUUAAUAUAGCUGGCUCGCUUAACCUAGAAAAUGGACAAAAGAUAUCGGUUUACGUCCGCGUGGAAAACAAUGGCACCCUUGAAGUCUUAGAAAGGAGCGGGUUCUCUGUAGUUUUUAUCGGUAAAUCUUUCGCAAUUCCAAGUUUUCAUGCAAUUAAAGGCAGUCAGUCAACAAUAGGAACAACGAAUUGGGUAGAAAUCGACGAGUGGUCAAAACCCGGAAAUGAGGAAAAAGCUGCUUUUGAAAAUGGCGAAGGAUUUAACAGCGUCCGCGGAGUUUAUGUAGCCCCUAUCAGCGGUAUCUACUUUAUAUCAUGUGUGCUCGUCAUAAAGGAUCUUGAUGUUGUCAAUUUCAGUUCUUAUUUUGAAGUUUAUGUUGGAGUGAAUAGCCAUAGCCAAACAUCAUUUACCAAUGGUCUACAAAAUACUCAUUACUUACAGGGGAAAGUACCGCCGAUGGGUAAUGACGUCAUAACCGUUACAGUCUCUGGAAUGGUGCAACUAAAGCGUGGAGACUAUACUGUGAUUCGCGCACGCGCCAAUAUGGAUUCUGACUGGAAAGUUGAAGGUACCAGCAGUUUGUCAAUGUUUCUUGUGAGUCCAUCUGAAAUUUCAUAUGGAAACGUUGGAUUUUUGUCCAGAAAAAGUGACACAAGGAUUAAGAGUGUAGGUCUAAGAAGGUGGUCUAAAAUUGGUGGCUGGGCAACACAGUCUGACCUCACAAACGGUCUCUUUCUUAAAAACGAUGGUAGUUUUACUUAUGAGGCACUUAGUGGAGACUUGAACAUAAAUCAUGCUGGGAUUUACUUCUUAUCAGUAAACAUCAUCGUAUCGAAUACUCCGGAAUCAUGUGAAGUGGCUGUUAGGGUCUCUGACAGCAGAGGAAGGGAUUUACAAGAUCUCAUAACUGGCUUCACAGCAGCAGCUGAACGCAAACUUAAGUCACAAGGCAAGUACACUUUGUUGAUCACUGGGGCUGCUUUCCUCAAAAAAGGCAGGAGAAUUCAUUUAGCUGUAAGAUCAGGUAGUGUUGCACCAUUUACUGUGUGGGAGGGCAGCGGAUUCUCAGUUGCACGGCUCAUCUACCCAAUUGAAGAACCAGGAUUUUACGCCCGCAUAAGAAAUUUCCGAACAACUGGUCAAUCCGGCUGGGAAGAAAUAACUGGCUGGGAAACAUCUGGUGUCAGUGGUCUUCAUAGCGAUGGGCGUGGCUUCAGUUCUCUUGCAAGCAACUUUAAGGUUCCAUUAUCAGGAAUUUAUCUUGCCUCAGCAAGUUUGGUGAUAAAAUACGCCCAGAUGUCUGAAAUGGUUUUUCUUCAGAUUACAGUGAACGGUAAAACUUCCCCAGAUGGUGGACUGGUGUCGAGUUGUUUUAUCAAACGCGGUGCUCAUGCAGUUGUUGCGGUCAGUGGUAGUAUGAAACUGUUACAAGGUAUGACUAUCAAUGUAAUGAUGAGGUCGAAAAAUUCCUCUUUCCAAAUAAGUGAAGGUAGUUAUUUCACCAUGCGCUUUAUGUCAAAGGGCGAUAAAACAGAAGGAAACAUGGCUGAUCGUUACAGUGAUGUCUCCUUUAUCUCGAAUGGAUGGAAAGAACUCGUCAGCUGGAGAACUACAGGUGUGAAUGGCCAGUUUCAAGUUGGAUCCAUUCAUCAGACCACGGACAGGUUUUGGGUUUCUAAAAGUGGUAUUUAUUUUGCCACAGGAAAUAUUCAGCUUUUAGAAACUGAUGGUUUGGUCAUCAUUGCUAUUGUUAUCAACAAUGGAAAUGACACAGCGGUUGUAUCCAAGAAGACAUGCGUUACUGGCGAGGUUUGCUCAUUAAACCUCGCUGUUCCUUUAGUACUCACCAAGGGCACAGUUGUGUCAGUACAGGUUUAUUCAAAUGAUGAAGACCGCUGGAUAGUUUCAAGGCAAUCCAGCAAGUCUAAUUUAUAUUUGAAACCAGUUCCCCCAUCAGCUUUCGUGCAAGGAUUUCUUGCUCGCGUCGUGUCGAACAUUUCCGUUCCUGACAGAAGACUUGCCAAAUGGGUGCGAGUUGGAAACUGGAACAUAACCGAGCGUCCUGGCUUCUUCACAACGAUAAGCGGCUUCUCCGGAAACGGAGCCUUUGUUGUCUUCAACCCAGGUGUUUAUAUUGUAACAAUAAAUUUGAUUUCACGAUGCACUGGAAUAAAGGAAUGGUAAGUGAAUGUCUUGAUAUAUCUGCAGCAACCAUACCUCAUAAAUGUUAAGGAACAAAGAAUUCAUGAAAGCAGUUCUGAAUCACUCGGACCUAAUUACUGAGCUACGCGAAGAAAAAUUCAAAUGACUGAAGACCGGCAAGAACUUUUCACGUCUUCUGGAAUAGUACAUCAUCACGCUUUCUGUCUGUGACCGUGGUCUGUCAUUUUCUCGUAUGCUUUAUCCCAUUUCAACGCUUAAUGGCGACCCAGAGGGAGGUCGGAACUUUGAUUCGGAAAACACAUAACGGUUUCUUUUACACCAGAACCUAGAUAAGUGAACUAUAAACACUUAUGCUUUUACAAGUUUACUGAUCCCGUCAUUAGUAUAAUUUUGGUUGCGGAAAAGUAGUGAAAUAGAAGGGGGGUGGGGAAGUCUAGAUCCCUCGGACCCUCUCUUGAAUUCGCCUCUGCAACUUUACAUCACGUUCCAUUCUGGUUUUGUUUCGUAGUGACUUGGAAAUGCUUGUGGCUCUAAACGGAAGGCUUUCGUUCAGCUCUGGUCUGUAUGCCCGGCAGACUGUGUCCUCUUUAGGCGUUGACACACUGAACAUAAUCGCUGUGCUUCAUUUGUUUAACUGGGAUUCACUUACAGUAGUUGUCCGCUCAGAUUCAUCAUUUGAAGUCCUCGAGGAAAGCACAUUCUCAGUUGUAAUGCAUGGUAUGUUUAUGAUGGGAACUCUUAAAUCUUUCUUUGGAAGUGCAAGUAACUGAUUGAAAAUUACAGGUUAUUGACUGAAGCCGCGUUAUGAAAGAAGUGAAUUACACAAUUUCCUAGAAGUUCUGGUUUUAAGCUUUUAGCUUAUACCCAGGUACUCCUUGAACAGGAAAACGAGUUUUUAUUGUUUUCAUUGUGUUCAUAUCUUUCACUGUAGCCUCUGCAGGCGGUCCUCUGCUAUGCCCUGACAAUGGACCCACCCUCAUCCGACAGCUGACUCCUGCUUACCUCCGAACAAAGGUUGGCAGUUCAGUCACGUGGUCAUGUGAAGCUGUCGGAGAGAUUUCACCACUUUACCGUUGGCUUAAAGAUUACCAGGUAGCUAAGACACGACAUUACGUUUAUGGUUAUUCGAGAAACUUAUCAUGUAAGAGAAAACUUUUGAAAAAGAUGACAGCUAUCGAUUGCAGAAAGGAAACUUAGUUAAAAUGAACUUUGUUGUACCACUCUGCUGGUUUAAAAAUUCAAAGCAAGUCAAGACAUCUAGUCGAAAAUUGCUUCACCUUUGGGAUUAGGUUCUCUAGAUUGCGUUAAAAAUAAGUUUGGAAAACCGUCCCAGUUCGCCUCAAACCUCGUAAAAGGUAAGUUGCCCUUUAGUGUUUCCUAAAAACAACAUUUGAUCCACUCACCCUGAGUUGAUUUAAUCACAUUGGCUUUUUACUAAAAUGCCGCUGACUAGGUAUCUCAAUCUGACUCGUUAGGUGCUACCGAAUGCCACUUCUAACUCGUUAGCAAUCAUUAAUGGAGCUGUACAGGACAGCGGAGAAUACACCUGCGUUGCCGAGAUAUCUCCCCUAACGGUGAGCUCAAACAUCGCUCACUUGAUCGUUUAUGGUAAGUGGUACAAUCACUGACACUGUACAAUAGUACCCAUUCGGUAGCCCAGCACGUAUUUACAGCUUCUUCCAAACAUACUUUAGGUGUAAUCAAAAUUCUCCGCAAGGAUCAGUCAGUAGCAUAGGAAAAUCACGGCGCAUGAUAUAAGGAAAUUUUUAAUGCUGACUUUGCUGAUUCGGUGGAGAAUUGCCACGGAACCUUCAUACAAUUGAUUAAUGUAUACAGCCUUUGGAAAACAUCCUUAAAUAUAAUUUAAACAACCUCCCACGGCAAUAAUUUUCGACCCCAAAGAGUUACUAAAGAAACUUUACUUGAACAUUAAAUUUCAGAUCCUCAACCAGCAUUUGAGUCACUCAACUUCACGGUAUCUGUAAAUGAAAACGGACCUGCGUCACAACUGAUUCUGAACAUUUCAGUGAGAGCAGAGAGCAAACAUAGCACUUAUGCAAAAGUUUUUCUCAGGAUCAUUUCAGGUUUGUUGUAAGUAGUGUCACUUAUUUGUAAAUACAUAAUUUUGCUUUAAAUUUCGAGAGAAUUACUCUUACCAAUAAUGGUAAUUGGACCGCGUGGAGUCCAACUCAUUCUCCAAUCAUACGAGCAAUUGAUAAAAUCAAAUCAAAUCAAAUUGUCAAUUACGAGUAUGAUUACAGACCGAAUUGAACGACACGAAGUCACGUUACCAAUCACAUUCGCUGAAAUUGUAUAGUUAUAAUGAGAAAAAUUUCAUUUGAGGGCUAUUAAUAACCCAAUGCCUCCAGUUUUGAUUCAGGGAUUUGUUUGGAAAACUCGCCUCACCCUCUCAACCAGUUCGAUGCGACACCAGAACAUGUAACAUUUCCUUUCCUAUUUUUCUUUUCUUUGAUGGGUUGUAGUCUUAAUUUGGUUUUGAUUUUACAACACUUAGUUGAACUGAAUGCUUAUCGUUUACGAAAGUGUGUUAUUUCGUUUCAAUUCAGGAAACGUAAACAACUCCUUUGUAUUGCGGCCAAACAGCACAUCAAGUUAUUUUGGAAUCUACACUACUCGUCCAUUAGACCGGGAAGAUAUAUCAACAUAUCAGCUACAUCUUGGGUCUAUGAAUGCAAAUGAGUAUGCGCCUCAAUCUGUUGCCGCUGUAAACAUUGCUGUAAGUGAUCUCAACGACAACGCACCUAUCUUCGGCCAAAAGGUAUACGAAGUUAGCCUUCUCGAGAACGCUUCCAUCGGUCAUGUGUUGCUGCAAUUGCAUGCCCGAGAUGAGGAUGUCGGUGUUAAUGCACACGUGACCUAUACAAUUCUGGCAGGGUCUGGAGCAAAGACAUUCAGCCUAAACAAGUUGUCGGGUAGGUGAUGAUAAUUUCUUAGAGAGAAAAUGUUAGGCUGGCGAAGCAAGUGUUUACGUGUUAGAAAAAAAUGCAUGAAUACCAUUAUUUUCAAUUGAGAUUCGAAUAUUACAUUUGCUUUGAUCGAGAGUAAUUAAAUUGAGUAUCGAAAGUAAUUGCUUCGGUUUUCGUUUACUUUUUCUUGGAAUCAGUCACGUGAUUGUCUUAUUGUGACAUCUUUCUUUUUUCCGAUUGGCUGCUGUAGUUACUCUGGUUUUAGUUUUACGGCACUCGGUCCAGAGCAAUCCUUACGGUCUUUGAUUUGUAUUUGAAAAUCUCAGGCAACAAAAUUUCAAAAAGAAACCCAAUCGUGACUUGAUUAAACGUGCGUUUUUGUAAAUUUUUUCGGAAGUAAGCAAAUAACGAACGAGGCGAAAGCUCGUCGCGCGCAUAAGGCACGAGUUACAUCUCCCAGAAAGUUUUCUUUCAAGGGGCCGGCAAAUAAAUUUUCCAUUCUUACUCUGAAUGCCAGGUGAAGUAACCCUCAUUGAACUACUGGAUCGUGAAACGCGACCAGCGUACUCACUUUUUGUAUCAGCCCACGAUCCUGACUACCCAGCUUUCUCUGAAGUUCUAAUAACAGUGAUUGAUGUUAACGAGUACAAACCAGUUUUCCAACCACUGAGGUACCACGUGUCAAUCUCUGAAGGGACAGUGAUAGGAACCUCAAUUCUUCAACUGACUGCCACUGAUAAGGACGCUGGAACUAACAGUCAGCUUGUGUACUCAAUUGUGGCUGGAGAUCCUCAUAGAUUGUUCUGCGUUGGCGACGAUGGUAUCUUAAAAGUUGUAAAAGAUUUGGACCACGAAAUGAACUCCUCGCAUCAUCUGACAGUAGCUGUUCGCGAUAAAGGAGAAAUGCGACUAUUCGCGGAGAAACCAGCUCAAGUUUACAUUUCCGUUCGAGAUAUGAACGACAAUUCACCAAUAUUCGAGGUCUCGUCAUACGAAGAAACUAUUUCAGAAUCCACGCCCCGCGGCACGGCUGUUUUGCGUGUACAUGCUGUAGAUGCUGAUCUAUCGAAUUCCAACGGUGAGAUAGCUUUCUCCAUGAUAAAUGAAGACCAGGACUUUGAAUUCGUAGUGAACUCAACCUCAGGUAUUGUCUUCGUACGAAAAUCCCUGGACUUUGAAACGAUGCAGGUUUACCGAUUUCAGUUGGCUGUGCGGGACGUCAGCAUAGCUGACUCGCGCAUGGAUUUCACUACUAUUGUCAUUAAGGUCUCCGAUGAAAAUGACAACUUUCCAGUCUUUGAUCCUUCUCUUUACAACGUAUCAAUUUCUGAGGCAACAUCUGUUGGAAGGGAGCUGCUUAGAGUUCAAGCCACGGAUGAAGACAGCACGUCAAAUGGAGCUCUGAACUACUUUAUAACGGCGGAAACUGAAAAUCCCAUUUUCCUAUUGGACGAAACCUCGGGAAUUCUUUUCUUGGCAAGAAACCUUGACUAUGAGAAUGUGUCACGUUAUCACUUGACCAUCAGUGUUACUGAUCAGGGAAUACCCCCUCUCAUAGCUAAACAGCCUGCUGUUGUCACUAUCGCUAUUUAUGACGAAAAUGACAAUCUACCGCAGUUUGAUUCCGAGACCUAUACUGUAGCAGUCUGUGAGAACAUUACAUCCGGGACUCCUAUUUUGACAGUUCAUGCUAAUGACAGGGAUUCCUCUUUCAACCAGAGGAUAACAUAUACCAUAGCUUCGUAUAGCGAUCCAGAGGCUAGGAACAGAUUUGAGGUUAACAGAAAUACUGGAACAAUCUUUACAACAAGGGCACUUGACCGAGAAGAACAAGAGGUAUGUUUAACUAAAAUAUCUGAAAACAAAUAAAAAAAAUUAAUGAUAAAUUGUUGGACUAAUUGUAAACCUUGAAGUAUUCAUCCCAUUCCAUGGCUCAAAUUCUGUUUUAACCAGCCGAAGACGCUAAUCUAUAGGUUUAGCUGAGUUUGUGUUUAGAACUUCACUUUAUUCAAAUUCCCAAAGGUUUAUAAUGAUUAGAAAAUUCCAUCAUGCAUUUCCCACGCAAGUGUCAGCCAAUUCUAUUCGGUGUGACGACUUCCUUCAUUUUCUCAGCAUAGGGCUCCGCUGGCGUGCUUAGUACACGCUAAGGGGGACACUGUUCGCCUUUACUCGUCGGUUUCUGGUGAAAAAAGAAGUAUACAGAAUCUGAAAAAAUUUCGUUUCAUCGUGCAACUUUAUGCAAUAUUCCAGCUUGAGAGCAUGAAGUAUGAAGGGUAUAAGUCAGCUGCUGCCGAAUAUUCUUUUUUUCUUGGCAAACAUGAACAUGCAAUAUUUUCUCUGCAAGGUGUACGAGUUCACCGUGAUUGCAAGGGAUGGUGGAAAGGUGCCUCAUGAAGGUUUUGCAAAGGUGAUCGUGACCCUGAUCGAUGUCAACGAUAACAAUCCUGUGUUUGAACCCACGGCAUAUCAGGUAAAAGUCAGUAAACGUACAUUGAUAAAGACAGGACUCGAACCUGUUCUUCCCAAAUACGAGUUGGGUGCUAAAACGAUCUGAGCUUAGAAGCCACAUUUUAGGAGUGAGAAAAAUUUUAGUGAGUUUCUUGUUCUUGUAUUUCUUCAAAUCAUUUCUUCACUUGUGCAUCAUCUGCAGGUUGAAAUUUGAUUUAUUUCAUUUGAAAGUAAAUACCAAUUACGUUAGUUUUUGGCCGCGUAUGCACACGUAUGUAUGAUAUGUGUAAUCAACAGCAAAAUGUUUUCUUGUCUGCAGUCUCCAAUCCACAUUUCAGAGGACAUGUCUAUAGCCUCAGAGCUAAUAACGUUAACCGCUGCUGACCCAGACACCAGGCUAAGAGGAAAAGUAACUUACACGAUCCUCGAUAUCGCGGGCGCAAGCGUUUCAAAUGACGAAGAGGCUUUUCACUGUAUCAACGAGUCGUACGGGACAUUUAAAAUUAAUUCAUAUACGGGAACCUUGAGAGUGGCUAGAAAGCUAGCUGCUCGGUGUGUCUAUAAUGUUACAGUGCGUGCAAUGGAUCACGGGAGUCCGCCACUGUUUAGUACAAUUUCGUUGCUCAUUGAGACUGGGAAUGGAAAUGCAACUGCUUUAGGAAUUCCAACAAUCACUGCGAUAGUGUCACAAGAAGGUAUGCACGCAUUUGCUCUGUCGUAUUUGCGACGCAACAAUUUACAAGUUAAGCAGCAAAUUGUUGCCUUAAUCUUGAGCCCUUGGAACUUGCCGGGAAUAUCAUAAAACUUCGGAUUAUUUUUGGAAACGUAAUCAGAUAUUAUGAGAAUUUAUGAGAAAUCAGCACAAAACCAUAAUCUCCUACGGUAAGGACAAAUGGUUAAGCAGGGUCCGAGUAACUUCAAUAUUGUAGAAAGUUUCAUUUGGAUCCCCGUCACCACUAUCGCUUACAAAACUAAAUGAAUAAAGCGAUGACAGAUUCUGCUAGAGAAGCUGGCUAUGGCGAAGGUUCUCUUUCACCUUCUGACAAAUGCAGUUCAAUCUUUUCAUCUCCACCUUUACUCUUUUUCUCAUCUCUUUUUUUUUCCUAUCCUUCUUCUUUUUCUUAUUUUUUCCCUCGAUCUCUCUCUCUCUCUCUCUUUUUUUUAUCUUUUUCUCUCUUUUUUCUUAUUUUUUUCUCUCCAUCUUUCUUCCUUUUUUCUUAUCUUUUUCUCUCCAUCUCACGCCCUUUAUUCUUAUUACUCUCCAUCUCUCUCUCUCUCUCUCUCUCUCUCUCUCUCUCUCUCUCUCUCAUGUCGCCUCGCGCGCUUCGCACGUGCCCCUGCCCACCUUCAAAACGCUUAACUCGUCGUCUUUCCGGCAGACUAAUUUUUCUGUUAAUUUUUUCAGAUCACAAAAAAAUAAUCAUCAUAAUCUGUGUAUUUGUACUCAUCAUUGCCAUCAUCCUUACUCUGGUCAUAUGGAGAGAGGGAAGGUAAGUUAAGGAAAUCGCGUAAACCAGAAAGGCGCUUAUGUGACGUAGAUUAUUGAUACAACGGCCAUGUUUGACAUGUUUUAAGAGAGAGCAGGGAAAUAGUUUUUCUCAGAUUUCCCCUCUGAGCAUUAACUCCUCUUUUUUAAGUUAAAGUUAAAAGACCAUCCCAUAUUUUCAUUUAACAUCUUAAAAUUCCAACGCUAAAUAAAGUAUGCCAAAAAUUAACACACAGAAUCAUUCUCGUUCUUAAAAAGUAGAUAAGCGUGCGUUUAAGACGCCUAAAAUAUAAUUAAAAUUUCUAUAACAUUUGCUAACACUUUCGAAAUUAAGAGAAUACCGAUCGUAUUUUGAGAUUCUAGAGAGCAGCCUGACUGUUCCAAAAUUUUUUAAAAAUCAUCCUUAAAAAAGGUGACCACGGAAGACGCCAUUUUGGAAAUUGCUCGGCAACCUGCCGCUGACGUGUUGCGUAAGAUCAUCACUCCCCUUUUAUCCAUCUUGGUAAACAUCUAAUUUUAAAAUGGAUUUUUGUGAACAGAAACAAGAAAGCUCGUAACUAUCUCUGGAAGACAUAUUUACCUCAAUCAUCCCUUUUUAUGAGGAACUUUCAGGGUCUAUCCAUUGUCUAAAACUGAGGGCUAAAUUUUGAUGUUCGCUUUGUCUACCUCUCUACUUAAACUGGUUCGAUGUCCGUCGCCAUGUUUCCUUUUGUAAUUGUAGCUGCUUAAAAAUGGCGUUCUUGUGGGAAAAAUCCAAAGAUUUAAUGAGCGAAAAAACGAAAAAUAAACAAUAAUGAAAUGAGCACUGUAAAACUGAAAUCAGGGGACAUGUUGCAGAGUCAGAAUUAUUCAUAUAAAACGCUUUUAUUCUGCUACAUAACAACAACACAAACAUCUCAUACUGAGAGGAAAGGGAACCUGUGCUAAAGUACCGUUCUCUCCUUAAGAUAUUGAAGUCUGUAUUCCACGAGAGAGGGAAAUUUAGGACGCAAAAUGGCAUUUGUUAUAUAUUUACUCAUACAGCUUGAAUUGAGAGGUGUUUCAUUGUUAUACGAAAAACAACUCCUUGCACAUCCCAAAGACCCCUGAUUUCGUUAUUUUCUCAUAUUUGAGAAAUUUUGCGAGCAUUGCCGCCAAAAAAAGGAACUCAAUAAAGUGCAUUUCAGUUUAAAGAUUAAAUGUGGAUUUUAUUUUCUUAUAGGCGUCACAUACGUAAGAGAAGGAUGAUGUUAGCUCGGUAAGUUCAGAAAAACGUGUCGAAGAAGAUGUGAUAGGUUCAUACCACUCUUCUAGAGUUUCAUAUGAAGUGGUUUGUGAGUUCCCCGCUGACCAAAACAGGUUUAGAGCCUGAGUCUUCCAUUAGUUCAGAACCAAAGUGAUUUCAGCGACGAAGGAAGAGGUCUCAUACAGAGCUAAUGAGAACUUAAAGAAGAGAGUUUUUAUCUCCGAUCCAGUGCUACAAGAUAGUUCUGGGAAUAGAUAGUCUUCCUUUUUCGGACUUUUUUGAACUUACUAAAUGUAAUCGAACGAGAGCCAAUCAUGAUUAUAAGCUCUAUGUAAAAAUAGCUAUCGUAAAUUGCUAUAAAUUUUAUUUUUUUGUACGGAUCGUUAAUAUGUGGAAUAAUUUGCCUAAAGAUAUUGUACACGCAGGAUCAUUGACUUUAUUUCGUAACAGACUAAAGAUUUACAUGAAUAUUGAUUGAGAUGAUGGUGGACAGUUUUCAAUUAUCUGUAUAUAAUGUUUUUGGUCUUUUUAUUCGGGGAAUCUUUUGUAUAGGGUUAACCUCUAGAAUAUCCCCUUUCGAGAGAUGCUUUUGCAAUUUUUCAUUUUCCUUCUCUUGAAUAAAGUAUUGUCAUUGUUAAUAGAAACAGGCAAACUGCUUGAGGUGAGGGAAAACAGGCAAACUGCUUGAGGUGUGGGAAAACAGGAGUGACUAAACCCCGAUUGGUAUAAUUAAAUAUCAGACCGGUUUGAAGGGUAGUAGGACUUUUCUUGAUAAGUUUUAAUUGUUUCGAGCCAAAUUCUUCUUUCAGUGCUGUUAGAAAUGAUAACGACAGCUGUUUCUCAGAUGAUAACGUGAGAUCACGCUGCAAAAUGUAUUCCAUGGAUCAUACGGCGACAUAUCUUGACCACUGCUCAACCACAACUGAGAUGCCAAGCUCGCUCCAGACCCCACGCUCUUCUGAAAUGGACACAGACAUUCUAGAAACUUUUACAUUGCCUUAUGAUGGGAAAGAAGGCUAUACUAUAUUAAAUGGAGAUACUGAAAGUUUUUGCGUGAGUAUCGACUUUGGAAUGGAGUCUGAGGAGCCGUUUGUAUUUCCCGUCACUAUGGAAGCAGUAAAUGCCAUCGACAGAAGAGUGGCUAAGAGGAAAAAAUCGCGCGCGCGGAAACAUUUCCGUUCCACUCGUUCUUCUACAGAAUCUAAACGAUCUCAGGUAUCCCUUCCCGCUAAAUUUGGAUCUCGUAAACACUCGAAAGGCAACGGUGUUCGUGAAGUUAUAUCAGAUACUCGGCUGUAA